AUGGGGUUCGUGAUCCUUCCCGCGCUGGUACCGGACAUUAGUGCCGUGUACGAUGUAUACUUCGCAGCCUUCAAGGACAACGCACUCACGCGCGCAUUGUUCCCCUCGGCUACCGAGAAGGACUUGACGGACGCGAAUUCGGAGUUUCGGCAGGCUCACACCGCUCAUGUCACGGAGUAUUGGAAGACAAGUGCAACGCAAUAUACCUUCAAAUGCAUCGACACCGAGACCAACAAGAUUGUUGGGAUGGCUCUUUGUGACGUAUACAUUACGCCGAGUGAUUGGAAGAAGGGUGAGAUCGGAUGGUUGGACGGGAAAGAACGAGAACGAGCCGAGGCCCUUGUUAAGCCACUUUGGGAUACGAGGGAGAAGUUGUGGCUCAAUGAGAGGUACAUCUACUGUCACGUGAUGGCUGUACAUCCCGACUAUCAACGCAAAGGCAUCGGUGAGUUGUUAUUCAAACGUGAGACGACCAUCUCCCAGCAGACUGGUCUGCCCAUGUAUAUAGAGAGCUCCAAGGAAGGCGUUAAGCUCUACGAGAGAAUGGGAAGUCGAAGACUGAAGGAGAAGUUGGUCAAAUCCAACGAGACCAAUGGUGCAGGCGAGAACGAGGAAUGCCCAUUGUACGUCUGGUUACCGGAAGGCGGAGAGAAGAGAUUACCAAAGUCUGUAGAGCUGGCAUAA